AUGACAGCUAAAUUUAUGUUUAUAUGGUCACUUAUCGUAAUCCUUAGCAGGAUUUCAGCUACAUUUGUGCAUGCACUGGCCCAAGUUAUUAGAUUUCAUCCAAAAGUGCCUGGGGUGUGGAUAUAUGCUGCUGCAUGGGAGUUUGACCACAAUUUGAAUGCUGCAGCUGGUCGUGCUCUCAUGCAAAGAGGUUUGGGAGCUUGUCCAAAUUCUGAGGAUCUAUGGGUAGAAUACCUCCCCAUGGAGCUCACAUAUCUAAAUAAGUUAAAGGCUCAAAAGGUUGCUUUGGGAGAGGAUGAUGAAACAUUACUGCGCGAUGCCAAAGUUAAUGCUGAGAUGCAAUGGAGAAAUGAGAGCGGUUAA